CACACCACCUUCCACAUCUCUCUCUCUUUUCUAUAUAAAGUUUUACAAAUCAUGGAUUUGAAGAAACUAAACAGGAACCAACAAAGGCCGGCGGGGACAGGACUUAAACAAAUGAUCUCGAGUUUAAUUGGGAAGACUAACAUGAGUAGCGGCGGCGGCGGCAAACUUCCCGGCGACAUUCCGAGAGGGCAUUUUGCUGUGUAUGUAGGAGAGAAAAGGAGGAGAUACAUUGUGCCCAUAUCCUGGUUGAGUCAUCCACUGUUUAAAACCCUACUAGAAAGAGCUGAAGAAGAAUUUGGUUUUAGCCAUGAUAUGGGUCUCACCAUUCCGUGUGAAGAAGUCGUUUUCCAGUCAUUAAUGUCUGCGAUCAGAUAGUGUAUGUCAUUAAUUCAUCAACAUAUAUAUAUAAACAAUUAAUGUACAUCAAUCAUCAUCUCCUUGGAUCUUGCAUGCUAAUUUUAAUUAAUUAAUUU